UCCCCGCUGAUGUACUCGACCGUGUGAUGCGCGAGAUCAUGACAUGAUGGUCACGUCACGCGCGCGGAUGGCCAGAGCGCAUAGUGGCGCGAGGAGGAGCGCGGCGCGCCGCAGUGCCAUGUAGCCUAGCAGCGGGGAGGGGAGAAAUCCCGUCGCGUGACUCCGCGACUCCUGCACGCGGGACGAGGCCUGUCAAUCACUCAAUUAUAUGAGUGGGUGGAGCAUGACAGAUGGGUGUGGCUGGCAAUGUGUGUGACAGUGCAUGAUUGUUUCCAUGGAGACAGAUGGCAGCUUUUCCGAGGGCCCCACACUCACACUCCUACAGUCAAGCGACAGUGUGGGGGCGGGGCUUGUCGAGACGGAGGAGGCGUGGCUCGGUUUCCGGGCUACAGUGAGUGCUGUGCUGCUGUUGGAGCUACUACUAGGUGUUGGAGGGAACCUCACGGUGUUGGUGUUGUACUGUGGCCACUGCAGCCUUCUUGAGUCGGUUAGCCAUGCGGUCACACUCAGCCUGCACACGCUUGACCUGUUGCUCUGUCUGCUCUGCCUGCCAAUCACUGCAGUGCUCCUCCUUCUGGGUGGAGCCUCUAGCCCUCAUCAUGUCCUGCUCUGCUGUCUACAUGAAUCAGCAGCCACCUUUGCCAGUGUAGGAACUGCACUCAACCUGCUGCUCAUUAGCCUUGAUCGCUAUGACAUCAGUGUCCGUCCAGCCAAUCGUCUGCUUACACCACGGAGAGCGGCAUUUUUGCUAGCCGGAGUGUGGAUGGUGUCUUUAACCUUGCCAGUCUUGCCAUUUGUGGAGGCAGGGCUUGGCUCUGGGGCAACAGAUAGAGCACCUAUUUACUCAAAUAGCACUUUGUUGUGUUCCCAACUUGUAGGGACGCUGCAAGCUCAUCUCUUUCUGCAGGCUCCCAUCUUCCUGUGCUCACUGGCCGUAAUGUUGUUUACUUACUCACGUAUCUUACAGGCCCUGCGCAUUCGCAUCGGACAUCCAGCCAGAGCUCAAAGAGGCAGCACACAACUCGUCCGGCGCCCCUGGCAGCUUCGUAAAAAGUCUGCAAGGUCACCAGAUCACAUGACAAAGACUGUAUCUGUCUCUCCUCCUCCCCUCUCCACUGGACCACUUGUGGCCUCAGACACCAUUACCACAGUGACCAUGAACACAGAAACCAACACACCAUCAGUGAACACUCCACUGAGUCCAACUCCAUCUACAGCCACUGCAAAUGUACCUCUUGUAGGCUUAUCAUUUGGAGCUGUGCCUUUGAAUCCUAUGCCUACAGUGUCCACCAUAAACACACCUCUAAACCAUAACCCAAACACUUCCACCAUCAAUACCCCACUACACCCCACCAUAACCACCACAACCAUAGCACUAAACCCUAGUCCACCUAGAUCCACCAUUACAACCCAUCUGAACCCUAACUCCAAUACAUCCACCAUAACCAUACCAUUAAACCCUAACUCCAGUAUAUCCACCAUAAUCAGCCAUAUAAACUCUCAUUCAACUACAUCUACCCUAUCAUUUCCUCUAAACCCUAACCUGAACCCAACUACUAAUACACCUACAUCCUCUAUAUCCUUCCCUCUAAACCCUAACCCAACUAUAUCAACCAUAUUUGUAUCUCCAAAACCCAGCCCAUCUACUUCCUCCUCAACUAUACCUCCAAGCCAUACCCCGGUGGCAUCCACCAUAACCAUACCUCUAAACCCUAGCCCCUCUGUAUCCACCAUAACCACACCUCUCAAGCAUACUGCAUCAUCCACAGCCUUGCCACUUAAUCCCAGUCCAACCAUAUCCACCACACCAUUAAGUCCCACUACUACUCAUGCUCCACCCAGUGUUGGUGUUGGGGCCUCAGUUUCAGCAAUCUUGGCUCUGCGCCGUGCCGUGAGACGUCACAGAGACAGAAGGGAACGUCAGAAGCGUGUCUUCCGCAUGUCCGUCAUCAUUGUUCUCUCUUUCCUGCUAUGCUGGGCCCCUCUGUCUAUUACACCACUCCUACAUCUGGCCAUCGGACCCUCUGAUUGGCUGGAGCGCCUCAGGGUCUGCUUUCUAGUGCUUGCCUACUGGACAGUGGUGCUUCAUCCACUGCUGUAUGCGUUCACGAGGCAGAAACUGCGCAAGGUCCUGCACACACGUCUGCGCAGGCUACGCAACAAAAACAACCACACACAGGCCAAGGCUCGGAUAGCGCAGAGGAAUCGGCGCAAGCACAAGGCAGACUGCAGCGACGCUACUGACCGCUGCCUGAUGGAGGCUGUCCGUGAGUGACGACCUGCAAUGUGUGUGUGUGUGUGAGGUGCAGGGAACCAGUGGAGACAUCAGCUCAUAUUGCAUGUCAACAGUUCUGUAAUUUACUCUGUACAGCGAUAACAAGAAGCACACGUUCCAAAGCACACUGAGCUCAGAGAGAACCACAGGGCAAUGUCUAAUUAACCGUAGCCACAGUUCAGAUUUAACUGUCGUGGUGCUAGAAAACAAGAGCGUGUCAGCGAGUGUGUAAGAGAUCAGGGGCAAUAACAAUUUGAUAAACCAGGGCAUGCAUGGAAGGAUUUUCAUGCAGAGUAAUUCUUCUAACACUGGCAUUAUAUAAAGUGAAGUGAAGCAUUUAUUCACAUUAUAUUACAAACCUGUGUAUACGUCAUACGUCUAGUAUGUUCAUUACGGAUAGAGUGCAAUAGAUUUAUUAUUGAUGUUCAUGAUCAGGGAUGUAAAUAUAAACUAUGAUGAUUAAAAUGAUGAUUAUUAACUUAAAGCUGAAUUUGGAAAACAAAUGCAACAGGGUCUAUGUUUGUGUAUUUGUGUCUCUCUCUAUAUACAUAUGUAAUAGCAUUAAAUGAUUUUCCUUCAUUUGUGAUUAUUGUGUAUUUUGCAGUAGAUCAGCAAUAACACUGAAUUCUAUAAAUAAAGUUAUAUAGUUCCUUGUUUGUUGUUCACAUUUUAACUCGUGUCUACAGAAGAUGUUGGGCUGCUUU